AUGCCGUGGUACGAGAAGUACCAGCCGACCAAGCUCGACGACCUCGUCUCGCACGACAACAUUGUCAAGUCGAUGCGCCGAUGCAUCAAGUCACGUCGCAUGCCCAACAUGAUCUUCUACGGACCGCCCGGCGCCGGCAAGACGUCAACCAUCCUCUCCAUGGCCCAAGAAGUCUAUACGGCGAAACACGUGUCCGCCUUCGUGCUCGAGCUGAACGCCUCCGAGGAGCGCGGCAUCGAAACAAUCCGGCAGCGCGUUCACCCGUUCGCCGCGACAAAAUCGCUGCACGGCGACAUGAAGAAGAUCAUCAUCCUCGACGAGGCCGACGGCAUGACCAAGGACGCGCAGAAUGCGCUGAAGCGCAUGAUCGAGAAGUAUUCGCGGAACGUUUCCUUCUGCAUCCUG